UUGCUCUUGUCCAUUUCCCCAACCUCAACUAAACCAACAUGGGCCAUCGACUUACCUGCUUCUGAAUGAGCUUUUGAUUUUAUAUUUUUCAUCCGUCACCGGAAUGUUGGUUUUUGCUUCUAUUCUUUAACUAGUUGGUGUUUUCUUUUCAUUUUGAGGCCAAGUUCGCUGCCACUUUUGGGAGUUGUCACUGUUCGCUCAGAAGACCAUCAUGGACGAAUACCAGGCCACCGGGAGCUCGCUUUAGAGUAAGCCUUCUUUUCAACACUCCUGAACACCCUUCGCUGAUAUUCAAAGACGGCAGCAAUCCCAAUGGCCCAGUGAUUGUAGGGUCCCAAUCUCCAGAUCCGAUCAUCCGCGGAACACUCGACGUCGAGGACCCUUUUCAGAUAUUGAACCCCCCUUACUCGCCUGGUAGUGCUGAGUUAUAUUUGCACACAGCAAAUAUUCGACGGUGCUAUCCUCGCACUCCAUCCCCUCGACAACUGCCCAUCAAGCCAGGGCGUAAGAGACAGGAAACUUACGGUGCUCGACAGAUUCGGAAAGCACGUGUUCGCAAGACUGACACCCAAAAGUCGCCGCAAACACCACAAAAGUUUCCAUGCAAGAGACUCUACAGUGCUCCUAGUCCUCCGCCUGCGGCGUCCUUGCUCACUAGAGAUGGGCCUUGGUCUAGAUGGCAGCAAGACAUGGCCAUCUACCUCGCUGGAGUAGGCUGCGCUGGGCCGUUUGAGAUUGGCAAUGUUCUCUGCGAAAUCGAUACCAUAGCUGAUGUCAUCCAUGUCGUUGCAAAACGCCGGUUGGAUAAAGAGACUGGCCAGUUUACAUGGAGUCCCUUGGGCUAUGGCGUUGUCCCAAGGUCUCAGUCGAACCCGAAUCUAACUUGCGGUGCUCCAGCGCCUGGCAUAUACGGCUCAUUGGUUAGUUUUGUCGGGCACGCUGGGCAGAAUGGGGUUCCAACAUUUGUUCCGUCGGCAAAUCCACUAUCUGGACAACAGACUAAAACGCAGGAGUUUUUGCCGUUGAAGAUGGGCUAUGACCCGAUGUGGUCCUAGGGCGUUACGUCCAAGGAGGGCAUUGCAGGCGUUAUGUAGCACGCGCCAAUUUUUUAUAAGCGCUGAUGAAUAGCAAUGAAGAAAUUAGCAGGAUUUAUUUUAGUCAGCGAAAUUUACUAAAGUUUGUUGAUCC